GUUUCUUACAUAUUACAUAGUCAGUAAUUUCAAAAGAUGUGUCCUAUUAUUUUAGAAAUGUAUUGUUUGGUGUAGGAAUAUGUGUAUAUUGGAUGUUAUAGGUUUAGUGGUGCCAUGAAAUUACAGUGUACUUGUAGCCCUCGAUUGUGGAGGGUGGAGAGGGAGGCUAUAAGAACUGUUCUUGUCAGAGUAAAGGCAGUCAUUUGCCCACAUCACUCCCAGCUCUCUACACUACUGUAUACAGAGAAAAGAUGGAUGUAGUGAAGUUAGUAAUCCUGCUGGGCGUUGUGUUGGCAGUGGCUCGAGGAGAAGGGGAGGAGGCCUGUGAGACCCUGCCGUCAGAGAUACACAUCAUUAAAGAGGAGUUUGAUGAGCUGGGCAGACUACAGAGGACAUGCAAUGGAGACGUAGCAGUGAACAAGUGCGAGGGAGCGUGCAACUCUCAGGUGCAACCCAGUGUCAUCACUCCAACUGGCUUUCUCAAGGAGUGCUACUGCUGCAGAGAGAGUUUCCUACGAGAACGAGUGAUCACUUUGACUCAUUGCUAUGACCCAGAUGGCAUGAGACUGACCUCACAGAACCAAGCUUCUAUGGACAUCAAGUUGCGAGAACCUGCAGAGUGCAAGUGUUAUAAGUGUGGAGAUUACUCACGUUAAUUAACCAAGAAGAUACUUGGUUAAAAAUAUUUCAGACAGACAUAUUUCCAGUUAAUAGUGUCAAGAGUGUGAGUAACGUUUUACAAAUUUUUACGCAGAUAAUGUAUAUCAUACAUUAUUCUGAUUUUAUGUAAUGUUUUAUUAUAAAGUAAGAUGAUAAAAUAAGGUGGACACAUAAAAUAAGAUGGUAUCUGAUAUGAUAAUAUUGUCACUCAAGAAGUUAAACAAAAUUUGCAUAAUUUUGUCAAAAAUAACGUUUUUAUCACGUAUAACAUAAAAUAUGUAUAAUAAUGGCAAAUAAUUGUAACCAUACCUUUAACAUUAAAAUUGAAUUACCUUAUGAUUAUUUGUUGUUACAAUAAUAAUGCUUACCAUUAGUAACCAUUCUCAAAAUCAUUAUCAGCUACAUAUUUAGAUUGUCUAACACUAUAGGACGAAUAUCAUAUGCUUUUUGGUAUUGUAUUUAAUUUGUGAUGAUAAACCAUUUUUUGUUUGAGCUGAAAUAAUCCACGUUGACUUAAUAAUUAUGAUCUUUACAUACCGUACUUCAUUUUUGUACUUAAACUGUACAAUACCACUGAGUUUAUCACUGAUAUAUAUUGUCGACCAGAGAUCCCUAUUUUUUACACUUUGUGACAAAACAUAGGUAGAAAUUUGUUUGUGUAAUCCAAGAGAUUUUCAAAAAGAGCCUAUGAAAAAAAUAUUAUAGCAUAGUUUAACUGGUUUUUUUAACUUUGUAGCUGUGAUUAGAGUAACAAUGAUCAAGUAACCAAGAGAUUAGCAUUAUAUUUUAUGCAUUCAGUCAUAAUAUUCAAAUUUAAAAAUUUAAAAACAGUUGGAUUAUUAUUAACUAACUAUUAUAGAUUAUAAUAAAUAGAUUAGAAACUAAUAACAGAAUGUAGACACUAAACUGUAAGUAAUCAGUUUCAUCAAAAUAUCUAUCAAUCGUUUUGCUUAAAAUAUACCUUGUUUUUUACCGAUCCCCCCCAGACUUUACAAUAUUUCAUUAGAUAUGAUGAGUAAUAUAAUGAAAGCGGU